GAUCAUCCGAUUUUCUACGGAUUAAUAUUUCCUCGACCUUGAUAAAGAUGCGAUAAGCCCAUCGAUAUUUCUCCAACAGUUCACAAUGCGCUAUCAGCCCCUUGUGACAGCCCUGAACCUAGGGUCAGCAGCUCUAGCUCUCCAACAAUUUCCCGUCAGUACUGUUGGAGAAGCUUCCGUUCGACCCUUGGAUAUCACCAACUUGGACAGCGAUUCCCAUAGUUUCGGUUCGAAGAUUGAGCAAUGGAGGUUUGACGAAGGUCCUUUCGAGAACGCAACAGGGAACUUGAUCUUCGACACUGUCCAUUCACUCUUACAACACUGGCCAAAUACUCGAUAUCGUAAUGGACAUAACAUAGUACGGGGAUCAAUUCCCACCGGUACUUUGCUUUAUCACGGAACCAGCCGCAAUACGAUACCCAGUGAGCCCGACUGGAUCGCUACAGACCCAGAGCAUUCUCUUGUUUUCGCGCGUGGAGAUGGGAGUGGCUGGCACCUCACGCUGGCAGCAACGCGACCUCUCAAAGUCUUGUACUUUGAUGGAAGUAGUGCUGCCAAAAUAUCCGAGGGUACAAUGGAUACGCAGGAUAUAAUAGCCUGGGGAGAAGUGCAACCUGAGCGCGUCUUCGAUGAAAAAUCACGGAUUAAAGAUCUCUGUAGAUGGGGGAAGGAGUUCGGAAUCGACGGUUUUGUGAGGAUGGAAAUGGACUUUGAAAUUAUGUUGUGCGACUUCACGGCCGGUGUCGAAGUGGUAUCUUUCCUGCAUGUCCGAGUCUUAGCGAGGGACAAAAAUCCGUACCCUUACCGCCUUCCUGAUGCUCCCCCACUUGACCCCGAUGCCUUGGGUCGCACAUUUGAAGCCAUGCACUCCGGCUCAUGGCACAAUCGCUACCCAGGGGAUUCUCGCAUUGUGCUUGACCUGCCUGGUCUUAUCUCACUGUAUGAUAUCGCACUGGCACCUUCCCUCGUCCCAGUUCGCGCGGGUCUUGAACGGUUGGAUCACCGCGUCCUCGGAAUCUCGUCAGAGGACAUAUCGCAGGUGAAGAGAAAGCUCACCGAAGUUAUCAGUCGAUCAGACCCGGGCAGCGGUAUCGACUGGAAAACCCUCACCCACGUCAUCGUUGAUCGAUAUGCGAAUCGGCUCGAGUUGAUGCAAUAUCUCCUCAAUUUCACCUCAUCAGAUUCGCAAGAAGUCUUUGAGCGAGCAAAGCUCGCGCAGACCCAGCUCCGCAUCAUGCUUACACCAUAUCUAUUAAAUGAUACCGUCGUCCCAAGUGCAGACACUCCAGGCGUACAUCCGUCGCAGUGGGCAUCCCGAUUUUCAGGCUAUGUGCCACAACACACACUACCGUGAUGACAAACAAAAUGACCCUUAAUGACGUCUUCGGAACGCCUGUUGCUCAAAGCCAUUGGGGACACAACGAGAGAAAUCUGUCGUGUCACUACAAAUAUGUGGGCUGUUGGUGUCAUGAGCGGGUUCGACGUCCUUUUUCCUACAGAACUUAAUGGGGAGCCUAAUUUCGCUCAAAUAAU